AGGCUAUUAUCGCGAGAACACGGCGUGUUUUUGAAGCGGCGCUGGAUGGCGCUGCGGGAUGUUUCAGAAUCUUUUUUGUGCGGGUUGAGAUUUUUUUUGCAUUAUUAUUUUUUGUUUCGCCUACAGGUUUGUGUCUCGGAUAGGACAGGGACACGGGACCGCGUCGGGACGAAGACACGAGGCCGAAUAGAAAUUUUAGAGACAAGUCUGGAUGUUGAGAAGGGAAUAAAGUCUUGGCUAACGGAAGACCUAAUCUCCUGGACCGAAGUGGAACAACGACAUCCACAAUAAAUUAAAAAAUCUAAGCCAUUUGUUGCUGGUUACGUCACUUGGUGACUUUAUUUGGGACGAGAAAGAGAGAAAAAAAGAGACUCUAGCAUCCUUCCUCCUGAAAGCAGACUGAGAGUAUCAUUGUAUCCGAACUACACACAGCACUGCUUUAGACCUAUACAUCGCCCUCACAUGGGAGUGACAUAGGAGCCAGUCCAUGCCAACAUCCCUGCUUUGUAUACUUAAUACUUCUGUAUACUCGCACACUUGCAUCACCUACACUUGUCCAGGAUGCCUUCCUCCUCCUGCGUGAUUGGCUGGAGAAGGAAGCAGCCUUUGUGGUGACCCGAGUAAAGAGCGGGGCAGCAUCCAUGUCGUGGAAGCGGAACUACUUUGCGUCUGGCAGCAGCGGGCUGCAGAGCAUUUCUAGCCCGCGCACCAUGAACUCCAUCGCCCCCAGCAAAGGUCUGAGCAAUGAGCCGGGCCAGAACAGCUGCUUCCUCAACAGCGCACUGCAGGUACUUUGGCACCUUGAUAUCUUCCGCAGAAGCUUCCGGCAACUGACCACACACAAGUGCAUGGAGGACUCGUGCAUCUUCUGUGCUCUUAAGAGCAUUUUUGCCCAGUUCCAGUACAGCAGUGAGAAGGUGCUGCCCUCGGAUGCCCUGCGUAGUGCUCUGGCUAAGACCUUUCAGGAUGAGCAGCGCUUUCAGUUGGGCAUCAUGGACGACGCUGCUGAGUGCUUUGAGAACCUGCUCAUGCGUAUCCACUUCCACAUUUCCGAUGAGACUAAAGAGGACAUCUGCACAGCCAAACACUGCAUCCCACACCAGAAGUUUGCUAUGACACUAUUUGAACAGUGUGUGUGUAACAGUUGUGGAGCUACUUCAGACCCUCUCCCCUUCAUUCAGAUGGUGCAUUACAUCUCCACCACAUCUCUCUGCUGCAGUAACCAGGCCGUGCGAAUGCUCGAGUGCAGGGAGAAGCCGACCCCAGACAUGUUUGGGGAGCUUCUGCGCAAUGCAAGCACCAUGGGAGACCUGCGUAGCUGCCCGAGUAACUGUGGAGAAAUGUUGCGCAUUCGCCGAGUUCUGAUGAAUUCUCCUGAGAUCAUCAGCAUUGGCCUGGUGUGGGACUCUGACCAUUCAGACCUUGCGGAGGACGUAAUCCACAGCCUGGGCACAUGCUUGCGUCUGGGGGAUCUGUUCUACCGAGUGACGGAUGACCGAGCUAAGCAGUCAGAGCUCUACCUGGUGGGCAUGGUCUGUUACUAUGGCAAGCAUUACUCCACGUUUUUCUUCCAAACCAAGAUACGCAAGUGGAUGUACUUUGAUGACGCCCAUGUCAAAGAGAUCGGGCCCAAAUGGAAAGACGUGGUUUCACGAUGUAUAAAGGGCCAUUACCAGCCCUUGCUGCUGCUCUAUGCUGACCCCCGUGGGACGCCUGUGGCAUCGCAAGACAUGCCUGCUGCUCAGCUGGAGCUGCACCACUGCAGCAAGGCAGGCUACGACAGUGAAGACUCCGGGAGGGAGCCGUCCAUCUCCAGCGACACACGCACAGACUCUUCCACUGACAGUUACAGUUAUAAGCACUCACGCUCACACCACGAGUCUAUGGCCUCACAUUUUUCCUCAGAUUCUCAGGGAACUGUGGUGUGUAAUCAGGACAGCAGCGGCUCACAUAACAGCAUGGGCUCUGCAGGUGAUGUCCUUAAAGAAAAGGCAACUCCUCAGUCCCCACCCCGGCCAUCCUCUGUAGGACGACUGCCCGAUUAUAAGAAAGUGGGCACGGGUGCUGGAGGAUCUGAACCUGGGCCACAUGUCAGGGACUGGGAGGAUGAGAGCACCAGCAGUGAGUCCAAGUCCAGCUCCAGUGGAGGACGCUACAGGCCAUGUUGGAGGCCUAGGCGAGAAGCGCUGAACAUCGACAGCAUCUUCAGUCGUGAUAGACAACGGCUAGGCUCAAGUCCACUUCCCGAGGAUGCCAUCCCUCAAAUGCCUAACGAAUCCUUCCCUGGGAUGGGAGCAGAUGUCAUGGACUCCAAAGAGACCCAGCCUAUGAAUAUAGUUGGAGGCGAAGCUAACAUAGCAACGGGGCACCUUCCAGUCCCGGCUGCUCUACGUGGCAUAGCUCAGCCUCCAAGAUUAAUCCAGAGGAUGGAAAGCGGCUAUGAGAGCAGUGAGAGGAACAGCAGCAGCCCCAUCAGCAUGGACAUGCCUCUCAGUGAGAACCUUAGCACCAGUGCACCCAGGGAGGCCAGCAGUAAAAAGCAGAUGACGUCAGGGCCAUCCUGGCGAACGGUGCCAAAAUCCAAGAGCAGCAGUGCCAUUUUGCAAGACAUGCGAUCACCAAGCUGGAGCAGCAGCCCUGUAAAUCUGGGGGAGGGCCGCAGUGAACUUGACGAGCUGCAGGAGGAGGUGGCCCGCAGAGCAAGGCAGCAGGAGCUCCAGAGAAAGAAAGAAAAGGAAAGAGAGGCAGCCAUGGGCUUCAAUCCCAAACCCAGCAAGUUUAUGGACCUGGAUGAACUCCAACACCAGGGGAAGGGGUGCAGUUUUAAGUGCUGCCUGGCAGAGGCGGAUGCUCUGUUAGAGCAGUCGCUGCGCCUGGAGCAGGCUGGAGACCCAGCCACCGCCCUGGCACUCUUGCGCCACAUUGUGUCUAAACUAAGAUUUUCCAUGCAUGAGGGCAGUGCUAACACUCAUAGCAGGACUAUGGCUGCUGACGCCAAGCUGCAAAAAUGCAUGAGGAGAGCUCGAGGCCUACAACAGCGCAUUCAGCAGCAGCAGCAACAGCAAGAGCAGCCGCAGGAGCCCAUCCGCCCACAGGGGCCUCGCAGUGAACAGCCAGGCUCGGUCCAAAUACUGCUGACAGACAAUCAGGAGGAGGUGUGGGAAGUCAAUCAAGACGCAUCCCUUGGCACGCCACCUCCUGCCCAGACGAAGCCACUCACCUCUAAUUCACUAACGUCACUUAACACUCCCCACACUACCAUAAAUCAGCCACGCCCACAAGACCGUACUCAAGGAAGUGAUCAGGCGCUGAAAGAUACCGAAUGGGGUGGAGUGAAACUUUCCGAUGUCCUGCAGGCCUCAGGCGUGCAGAUCAGACCCAUUCAUAAGCACCUGGCCAUCUCUCUGCCAUCCCUCCCCCUGGAAUUCUGGGGUGUUCUGGAUGAAGACGAAGAGCUUUCCCAGCACCAGCAGCCUUUAGCUUCCUCCUCUACAUCCCCUGCUCCAUCCCUGUGGUGGGGCACUUCUGACAGCUCCAAUCUAAAUUUAGCAAACACAUUGCCUCACCCGAAAAAGAGUGUACAGGAACACCCCAGAAGCCCUGUCUGGCAACCUUUACGCAAUUCUCCCUUCCCUUCCCCACCUGUGAUAUCCUACUCCAGCCCCAGACACACCCCUCCUUCCAUCACAGCUCGUCAUUGGUCCUCCUGGAGCCUGGACCGCCCUGAUGCCGUGAUCACGCCCCAUGAGACCCCACCAGAUCAGAGCCACUUCAUUAGACCCACUAUGUCUCCAUGCUCACAUGGGUGGAACGGCCCACCACAUAGUCCAAUGAGCUCCAGGAACAAGAGUAUCAAAAAGUUUGCCAGCUCUCAAUUUGAGCCAAAACUGGAAGCUGAGGCUACAGAGUAUGAAGAGAAGGAGCUUUCGGAGCUGGACACGCUGUACCAGGCUAGUCUGCGAGCAGGCAGUCAUCUUAGUCCGGCUGUUGGAAAACCAGUGACUCCUGCAGCGCGUCCGCGUGUCUGUGGGGUGGGACGAUCACAGACCCCCACGGCUGAACUAGAGAGAACCGCAUUUGGAGCACCAGGCUCUCGCAGCUCCAUUGCGCACACAGACAUGCCAGUGGAUGACAAGUAUGAUCCUGAGCAUCUGCGCCGCAUCGCUCGCAGUCUGAGUGGAACCGCAGUCGGACGUAGACAGGACCGCCUUGCUGUCUCACGCAGCUUUGACGUGUCCAGAGGGUCACCAAGUUUCUGGCUGUGUCUCACCGGGGUCAAGCUAAGCCCAGUCCAACAGUGAAAUGUGAUCGAUCUGUGCGUCCUGGGCAGUAGUCCUCUUGGUGUCCACCUGCAACAACACUCCAUCUUUAUGAUCCCUGCAAGGAUCCCUGCACAUACAAAGAAGUAAUUGCUAGAAUGUUGUAACAGAGAUUAAUUCCAGCUACCCUUGCUUUUAGCUACACUAGUCCACUGGAGUUCUUACAGCUCACAGGGCUGGAUCUCUCUUGAAGCCCAAAAUCCUCAUGUAGCUUUAGCCCCACCUCUGUUUCUCAGACCAUGAUGGGCUCCCAUCAUUUCCUUGAUCCAUGUGGCGUGUGAUGCCUACUGUGUCUUCCUUAAAUAUUUCCUCCCUUUAACCUUUUCCCAUUUAGAGUGUGGUGGGCUGCUCUGCUUUUUUAUUUUUAUUUUUUAUUUUUUAAUGUUCAUGUAUAAUGGAUCUGGGUCAUCCUCCUCUUCCUGCCUCUGUCCUGCAUAGCAGUGUUUUAAAGUGUGUUAAAGUGUGUUUCCUUCCAGUCCACAGCAUGGUGAAGGGAGGGACAGAGCGUAUUUUCUUCCUUGUUUAGUUCACUGUGUGGGGUAAUGUGAUGGACUGAGUAGCUUAGUGUGUGUGCGUGCGUGCGUGCGUGUGUGUGCGUGUGUGUGUGAGAGGGUGGGGGGGAUGCUGCUAACAGCAUGCUGUGGUACAAGAAAGGCUUUGAGCCUUGGCUCUCCUGCAGCGAGCCGUUCUACCCUGAGCACUUAACUUAAUUAAACGCACUGCGUGGAGCUGCAAAGCCAACGAGAUCCAGCAGCAUCCGGAUAUCAUUUCAAUAUCCGAGGUCUAUUUAGCUACUGCACAUGAUUAACGUAUGUGUGUAUCUCCAUUUAACGCUUAGUUAGACCAAAUGUCCCCGUAAUGACACAAAUACAGUAUUAAUAGUAUUAACAUUGUGUGGACAUUUGGUAAUGUUUUUUUUUUUUUUUUUUUUUUAUAGAAUGCAGCUUUUCUUUUAAAAACGAAAGAAGUCAAAAUAUUUCCUUUUGGAUACUGAAGUUAAGGUUAGGAUUAGGUUUAGAUGUAGCAUAGCAUUAUUUAGCUACAAAACUCUAGAAGUUAAUGGAAAUAACCCACUUGUGUGUGUGUGUGGGCAAGAGUGUGGGGAGGCCAUCCAUCUUCAGCGACGCCCUAAGUAAAACCCCACGGUGAGCUCAAGCAAACCCACCACAGUGCAUCUUUUUCCUCAGACAUUUUUAAAGGAUUUCUCUCCUUUCACUCCUGUUUUAGAAAAAUCCUACUCCCUUUUUGUAGGGUGAUGGACAUGUAGCGCAUAGUUUGUACUGAUUUAUUGACUGACACACAUACUUACACACCCUGUAAAAAAAGAGCACGGUGAAAGGAGCUGUACUUUUUUCUUUUUUUUUUUUUGUAUUUCUUCAUUUCUCGUCUCUGGCGCUCGGUCAGAGAGCGCGCAUGUAUCCGUGCAGCCCUAGUGCGGAGAGCGGACGGGACUAUCUCGACCUUUUCUUCCUCUUAUAAGGGCAUUUCCUGUAGCACACACCUGUUUUCUGUCUAGUGUUACAGGCAAAGACUGCUUCACUCCUUUUGACUGAACAUACACUAAUCAAUGAAUUUAUUGUAAAAGAAAAACUAUAUAUAUAUAUAUGAACAGUAUGGCAUACAAAUUUAUCCAGAGGAAUGGAGAAAACUCUACUUUAUGACGUUAUGGAAUGUUAACUCAUUUUAGUGGUUGUAGUUACUAUCUGCAUUAAGACGAGUAUAGUACACUUCAGAAGUGUAAAGCUGGAGUCAAACUGCUAUUUCAAUUCUAUUGACAGUUCUCCCAUUUGUAUAGGGAGAUAUGCCAAGUUAAGCUUUCUUAUAUUUCUUUUGUAACCUGCAUUGACACUGAUAUCGUAGCUGUGAGGCUGAUACAAUGUAGUUGAGCAUCUGUAGUAAGUCCAUCUGGCCUAGAGAAGGGUCACAGUCAUUCCAUGUAGUUUUAGUUAUCAUUUCUUCAGCAAAAAAAAUAAAUAUAUAUAUAUUUUAUUCCGUUAUAAAGACAAGUUAAAGAAUGUUCUGCCCUGAUAGCUACCCAAAUGUAGCAGAAAUAACCUGAAGCCCUUACGAGUGUCAACAAUUUAUGAACAUUUUGCACAAAAGGUACUUUAUGGUACUUUAUGCUACGAGCAUACUGUAAUAUAAAUAAAUAAUUAUUGACAUAUUGUAAGAAAGACUGAUCUACCGAGGUUUGAUUUCAUGGUAUAGUUCGACUGCUGCAGCGUGUAACCUGUGUGGUCAUAAUCAUAUAUUGUGAUCAUUUAUUUCACAUUCAAAAGUAAGCUCUAAAUGCUUAACUAACAGAUUGAUCAAACUUGCUCUUAGAUUAUAAAUAUUUUUUGGGUUUUUUUUUUUUUGUUCAGAAUUUGUUUCUCAACCAAAGAUUGGCACUAUUAUAAAGCUCGCCCAUGUUACUAAUUGUUUAAUCCACCUUUUCAUCUAAAGGGUGUUUGAGAAUGUAGCAGUGGUGGUGCACGAGUAUGCUAUGCAACAAAUCGCACUCUCCUGAACAACCAGCAAAGAGUCAGACUGGGAUAAAAGCCGUGCGUGUGUUUGCGUGCGAGUGUGUGUGUGUGUGUGUUUGUGUGUGAGAGUUCCUCCAGACCUCCCUGGUUUUUCCUUUAACUGAGGAUGAAAGUGAUUUCUUGCCGAAUCGUUAAAUAUGUACAUAUUAACGUCUGUAUGAAUAUCAGCCUUUGAAUGCCAGCUGUAGCCAGAGAGAGAUGGAUUUUUUUCGAAGAUGAAAAAUCAUUUCAAUGGUUUUUCCUGUUUGGGACUUAUUUGUAAAUGCUUGGGGCUGAGGGAACUUGUAUUUUUGCAAUAAAGUUAUUACCGAUGCACUCCAGCAAGGGUGCUGCACAACUG